GACAUACAGUGGAGCCUCUCAGGUUUUUUUCUUCUUAAAAGAAUUUGAGAAUCCAUUCUUAGAAAUUACUUAAAUAUAUCAGAUUUCCCUUCUUGUCAAUCGAUGAAACAUUGUACCGUUGCAGAUUUCCCGGUGUUUAAUUAUAAAUUAUAAUCUUGCUCAGUGGUCUAUCAGUUAAACUUCUUCAUCGAUUUGAAUGCAGAGAAUGUAGAAGAAGAGCACCGCUUUUGAAGAAUUUCAGAGUGAUAAUGGCCUGGAGUAAACAUCUACCUACCAUCCGGAAUGUGAUAGUCCUGUUAUUGACGACGAGGACUCUCAUCGCGUCAACGAUGGUGACUCCUGUAUCCCAAGAGACCACGGAAUCAUCUCUGUCCUCAACUGGGCUGGACAUGAAUAGUCAAGCUAUAGAUUGUGGAGAACAAUCACAUCAGGUACCUCAAAAUUUAUCCGAGGGUCCAUUGAAUGUCACGAUAGGAAAUUUGACGAUUCCGAUUUGCCCCGACCGGCACAGUUGUCCAGAAAAAUCUUGUAUGGUAAAUGAGGAUGGUAAUCGAGGAUGUUCUUGUGAUGAAUUUUGUCAGUUCUUCGGUGACUGCUGCCCUAAGGCUGCGUCCAAAGAUCACCCAAGAGAAUCCAGCAACAAUUCCACUUUGUACGGAUACGACCGUUCUUACUUUAGCUGUGAAAGAAUAGAAAAAACUCCAAGUUCGUCCUAUUACUAUCUCAUCUCAAAAUGUUCUGAUGCAUCUGUUAGCGAUCAAAUGAGGGAGAAAUGUGAAUCCCCAUCUGCUCAUUUAGGAUCACUCAAUUAUGAGUAUAUUCCACUUUCUCUGGAUGAUAUAUUAAGCUAUAGGAAUGUAUACUGCGCGAUUUGUAACGGAGUGGAACUCUUAAAACUAACACCGUGGAAGGUAUUACUUCACUGUCCUGAUGAUGUCGUUGAAGACCUGAAAAACCACUCGCGAACAGUAGAUGAAAUAGUUCGUGACAUGUUAUGUCUAUUUUCCGUGGUUCCUUCUUCAGAGGAAACAGCGGCGAGAAUAUGCAUUGGGGAUUCCGUAAACUACGUAGAAAAAUGUCCACCCCUCUCUGACAUGGCACUUCAGUUGGCAUGCGCGUCUUUUAGCGCGCAUAUUAUCCUGGAGAAUAGAUAUGGAGACUGUGUUUCGUAUAAAAACCCUGUUUGUUACGCCUGCAACGUCGGACAGUUUCCGCCCGGUCGACGAAUGUGUCCCCCUGAAUGUUCUGGAGGACCUGGAUUUGGAACUGUAUCGUUUAUAAGUCCCUUGUCCAUCCUCUUUGAUUUUUCAUCUGAGAGUGGGAUCAAAGUAGUUCAAGAAAACACGGUUAUUUCUGAAACAACAGUUGCGUGUCAGUCAGGAGAGGUUUUCGAUCCAUACAUUGGCUCAUGUCUUAGACUAUCAUGUUCUGAUGGCUACGAAAUGAUCGGAGAUGAAUGUGCCAAAGAUGUCUCAGCAGAUGAUUCAAAAUGA